AUGACUACCUCAAAUCUUCCUGCAGACUUUGUGGUCAGCCUCCCUGCGGAGGUGCUAUUGACCAUCUUUGGAGCUCAAGAUAGCUUCCGCGACAUGUCUGCAUUGUUCAGAACGUGCAAGAGUCUCUAUGCUCUUUGGCAAACACGGGCUUCUUCAAUCAGCAAGCCUUUGCUCGUUCGCCAGACUCCAUGCUACAAGGAAGUAGAAGCCUUGAUAGUAGCAAAUGAGGCAGCAGAACUCACCGUCAAACCCAAGAACUCCGUUGUUCUCGUGGACUCAAUUUUGGGAGACAAAUUGGGAAAUGCUCUGAACAGGAUCUCGCUCAGUCGACAGAUUGUAGGACAAGCAAGAUAUCUCUGCGACAUCAUUGAGAGCCGAUAUCUCCAACAAAAGUACAACUGCCACGAUGCGAAAUGCCGAGCUCGUCCUUCCACACUUCCACAACAUGAACGAGACGACGUCACCCGAGCACACCAUUUUAUCAAGCUAUACAUGCUCACCUACGCAAAUCAAGGCCUCGCCGACCUACACGAGGAUUGCAAAACCAAGCUGGAAGCAAUGAGCGACGCAAACAAACAUUUUCUGUUCCAGCUCACAAAGAUCAUGCAUGACUAUGCCUUGCCAUGGGACAAGAUGAGAUUGGAUCUGUGCUCGUACUCGCUAUCUCCUGUGCUCAAGUCGGCAGAUUCUCCGAACUCUGUUACUUGGGCGGACAAAUUCAAAGCACUUCAGGAGGUUACGCGUGUGCAAGUGACGAGCUGCGGAGACUGUAUUUACGAUGAUACAGCACGGUUUAGCAGGAUUGGCCAGUAA